GCGAGGCCUCACCCGGCGAGGCAGGGUCCGCACCUUUUACCCCAGGGGAGGAGAGAGCCUGGGACCAGAGGGACAUCCAAAUGGACAGCCCUUUAAAAAAUUUAGAUUUAGAUUUGUGUUCUUCAUCCCCUCAGCCCUGCAAUUGGACGUGUUAAGUCUAGGGUGGAGAUUGCCUUCAGAGACUAGGAAUCCUUAUGUCUGGGUUUGCUGUGAGAUCCCGCAAGGGCCCAAAUCGCUGAGGACGAGUUAUAAGACAACCACCUGCUGCCUUAGUUUCCUUUUGUGUCCAGUGGAUGGAACGCAGCCUCAGUCCUGCUAAUUGUCUCUCACAAGACCGGGAACGUUAUGAGAACACGUGAGAUAACACAAGCAUGGAAAAUGCUACAGAGGCUUUAAAAACAAUUGGUUAUUUUGAGAAUUAAUUGAAAAGAUUUACUCUAUAUCUUAUGACUACAAGAGCUUUGGGAAAUAGGUACAGAGUUGAAAACCACAUGGAGGAUAGCAGAGCCAGCAUGGAUUCCUAAGUGAUCUUGUGAAACGCAACUUUCCCUGAAAAGAUGAAUGCUGUGUCAUCUAACACUGAAGUUUUGAAGAUAGAAGACAUUUGCUAAGUCAGAUCACCUCAACACUUGCAGGCCUUGAGGAGAUGAGGACUUACAGGACACAGAGGUUAGAGCUAUGUUGGAGAUAUGUUGAUGCAGUUCUUCUGUGUGUGUCCAUUUCUUCUGAGAAUAAGGUGUGUUGAAGAAAGCCAGCAUAUAUUAUCUUCUAUACGUUUUGACAGAAGUAACAACAAAUUUCAUGCAAGAAUAAUAGAGGAAAGUUGCCAUUCAAGUCAAAUUCAUCAUAAUGCAGAAUCCUCUGUCAGUACCACCCAAAGAUCAAGGAGAUGUUUCCAUGUCCACCAGUCCUGUUGAGAAACACCUGUCUCCACAAAUGUCAGAAUCUCCUGGAAAGACGGUCUGCACAGUUGAAUCAAGCAACACUUCUGGAACAACACAGAGUGGAAAAGGUUUGCAGAAUAAGAGUCAGUUUAGGACCAUUGCACCAAAAAUUGUGCCCAAAGUCCUAACAUCCAGAGUGCUGCCAUGUCAUUCACCAUCACUCUCCGAUCAGGGGAAUCUGGGGCCCUCCAUCAAGCCGCUGGGGAUGCCUACCCAGAACUAUGCUCUGAUGCAGGUUGCGGGCCAGGAGGGGACAUUUUCUCUUGUUGCUUUGCCGCAUGUUGCCUCACCUCAACCAGUUCAGAAACCCAGAAUGCCUGAAAAUCUUAAACUGCCUAUUCCCCGAUAUCAACCCCCAAGAAGUAACAAAGGAUCAAGAAGGAAAACCAUCCUGAGCUCUCCUGAGAGUGGCUAUAACAAAUCACCUGCCCAAACCCAGAUGUGUCCUCAGAUGUCUCCUGUACCUGCCCAUCCUGAAAUCCCACAUAAACCCAGUUCCUGCAAGAAGCUGCCAUCACUAGAUAUGGCCCCAGCCAGCAUUAACACAGCUAUACUGACCAGUGGCAGUGACCACAGAGACUCAAGAUCUCCAGUAACCAACAACCAUGGAGAUGUGACUCCUCCUGCCAUGCCAGCGUUGUCUACACCAGGGGAGCCCUGUGCCAAGCAGAGCUUCCCAAAGAUUUCAGAGAGAAUAAACUUUACAAGCAAGAAAAUACCCAGUAAACCAUCUGCUGUAGCCAGUGAAAAACUUAAAGAACAAGUUGAUCAUACAAAAGCCAUAACCAGUUUAUCACCAACCAUUUUGGGCGGUGCAGUUCAAUUGACCUCUUCAGUCCCCAGAGGGAAGCUGCCAAUCUUACCCUACUCUAGAAUGAAAACAGCAGAGGUUUGCAAAAUUGAAUCCGAUGCCAACAUUGCAGAUUUUUCUUUACCUGGGGCAGACUGUGAUAAGAGAUUCUCCAUCACAGAAGACUUUAAUGCAGCCACCAAAAUGGCCAGUAAGAUGCCUGUUCCACAGGUGUCAAAGCAGAGUCUUUGUGAAAGUGCCUUUUGUCCAGUUACCAAACUAGAUCUCAACCACAAAACAAAACUGAACAGUGGGGCAGCCAAGAGAAGAGGAAGAAAACGAAAGAUACCAGAUGAAAUUUUGACAUUUCAAGGGAAAAGGAGGAAAUGCAUUCUUAAUAAGUGUAGAGAUGGUAAAGAAAGAGCAAAAAAUGAUCCCCAGGAAACCAGAGAACAAAAACCUGGGAUCCUGAAAAAAUACCGUAGCAUUAUGCCUAAACCUGUAAUUGUUGUGUCUGCUUUGGCUCCUCUUGCUUCUCCUGCAGCUGUGCUACCAUCGCAAACACCCUGCAGCCUGGGACAGGACACUUUGUUAAAUAAUUCACUCACUUCUAAAUAUCUCAGCUGUAAGCAGAACGACAGCCCUUCCUCUAAGCCCAGCUCUGUGUUCAGAAAUGGAUUCUCUGGCAUUAAGAAGCCUUGGUACAGAUGUCACGUCUGUAACCACCACUUUCAGUUCAAACAGCACCUUCGAGACCACAUGAAUACACACACCAACAAACGACCAUACAGUUGUCGGAUUUGUCGCAAGGCCUAUGUACGUUCCGGCAGUCUAAGCACACACAUGAGACUUCAUCACAGUGAGAAUCGUCUGAAGAAACUCGUGUGUUGUGAGUUUUGUGCAAAAGUAUUUGGUCACACCCGAGUCUAUUUUGGCCAUCUGAAAGAAGUGCAUAGGGUCGUGAUCAGCACUGAGCCCUCGCCUGAACCACAGCCAGGGGCCAUGCCAAAGAACAGAGACAGAGACCCUAGUGUGCAAGGGAUGGAGGGGCCCCUGGAGAGGGAAAACAAGUCAAACUUGGAGGAAGACUUCCUUCUAAACCAGGCAGAUGAAGUCAAAUUACAAAUCAAGUGUGGCCGUUGUCAGAUCACUGCUCAAUCUUUUGCUGAAAUAAAGUUCCAUCUGCUUUAUGUUCAUGGAGAGGAAAUUCAGGGCAGGCUGCAAGAGGGAAUCUUACCAGGCACCAAAGGAGCUCAGGAGGCGCUGGUUAAACAUGUUGCUCCUGACUGGAAACAGCAUCCGGAGAGAAGGCGGCAGGUGAAGCCUUGUGCCUCUGAGGAGGAGUACCGUGCACUCCCUAAAUUGAAAAGACCACUCUACCUUCACCACCAGAAUGGUGUGGAAAUACUCAUGGAAAAUGAAGGAGGCCAACAAGGAGCAAAUGAGCCAGGGGAAGAACCCCAGGACCCUGAGUGUCCCAGCCCCCAUACCGUUCUCCUCUGGUCCCAUUCAGGCUUUAACUGUCUCCUUUGUACCCAGACACUGGGAAGAAAGGAGGAGCUCUUCCUGCACUGGGAACACAGACAUAACUGUGAGGACCCUUCCAAACUUUGGGCUAUUUUAAGUACAUUCUCGAACCAGGGAGUGAUUGAACUUUCCAGUAAAACCGGAAAAUGAAACCCUGAGGCAAACUGGGGUUAAAGAGAGUUUUGCUAGCACCUUUCUAUCAAAGCUUUGUGUUUUAUGGUGGUACUUAAUUUUAAGAAUAAAACAAGUUAGAAUCAACAUUAAUGAACGCAAGUAAUUUUUGUACAUAGUUUUAUUUUCUUAUGAAAUAAAAUAUAUGCCCUGGAUGCAUAUUUUUCUAACCAUAUGCAGUCUGACUUUAAAAUUCUAUGUACUGGCUUUAUUUUAUCUUAGACUUUAUUUCAGAAUAAAUAAAAAGAUCAGAAUUUGGAGAUUGAAACAUAGAGGAUUAUAGGUGUUCUUCAAAUAAUUCUCAGUAAAAGUGUGUGUGUGUGUGUGUCCUUUUGUUCAGAUAUUUUCUUACAUACACCAACAAAUGUGAAGAAUUUACAGGUGGCAGUUCCAUUUCAGUCCCAACCAUGGUAUCAAAUUAGAUAGUAAAUGUUGAUAUUUAUUAAAUUCCUUGGUUUAUUUGAAUAUGUUGCCAAGUAGUCUUUUUAUAAGGUUGUCUUCUACCAUGAUUUGAAAUAUAUGCUUUUAAGACUUAGAUUUCUGUGUGUGAUUUUAUAAUUUUCUUAAAUGCAUGUUGCCUUGAAGAUAACUUGGCAAGUCUCACAGCUGUAG